GGUGUACUUCUCACCUGCCUUAUCUUUCUUAUAACACACACCGAUUGAUUGCCACUCUAAUUUACACAACCACAUGGAGUCCCUAACAAGUGCCAUAAUCAUCAUAAUAGCCUUUCUAACACCUCUCAUCUACUCUUUCAUACGGAAAUCAAGAAAGGCUUCCAAGAAGAGAGAACCGCCACAAGCUGCCGGUGCAUGGCCGGUUAUUGGCCACCUUCAUCUUCUAUCAGGCUCGCAGCCACCUCACAUAACUCUCGGAAACUUGGCUGACAAAUACGGGCCAAUAUUCGCCAUCAAGCUUGGUGUCCACAGAACAUUGAUAGUCAGUAAUGGAGAGAUAGCCAAAGAGUGCCUUACCACAAACGACAAAGCUUUUGCCAAUCGUCCUAAAUCUCUUGCCAUGGAAAUUCUGGGCUAUGACUAUUCUAUGCUGGGCUUCAGUCCGUAUGGAGAGUACUGGCGCCAAAUGCGCAAGAUAAUCACUCUUGAGCUUCUCUCUAAACAUCGGUUAGAGAUGCUGAAGCAUGUGAGAGAGGUCGAGGUAAAGACAGCCAUAAAAGGAUUAUAUCAAGAAUGGAUGAAGAGUAGAAACAGUUCCAGUAAGCUUUUGGUAGAGAUGAAAAAAUGGUUCUUUGAUAUAACCUUAAAUGUGAUAUUGAAGGUAAUAGUAGGGCAGCGAUUCGUGGAGUUACUGGACGGUGAGCAGGAUGAAGGAAGUAGCAAUUCAUGGCAAGAUGCUCUGAGGGAAUUUAUGGAAUUAUCAGGGAAAUUUUCAGUAUCGGAUGCACUUCCUUAUUUGAGGUGGUUAGACUUGGGCGGUGUUGAGAAAGAGAUGAAGCAGAACCUAGAAAAGCUAGACUGUGUUGUUAGGAAAUGGUUACAAGACCGGAGGGACAAGAAAAGUUCAGGAAUAGCAAAACGACAGGAAGAUUUCAUGGAUGUAUUGCUGACAAUUCUCAAAGAUGCAGAAGAACUUUCGGGUCGAGAUGCUGAUACUAUCAACAAGGCUACGUGCCUGGCUUUGAUUUUAGCAGCCUCGGACACAACAGCAAUAACAUUGACCUGGACAUUGUCUUUAUUACUCAAUAAUCGUGAAGCUCUAAAGACAGCCCAGCAUGAAGUAGACAUCCAUGUUGGUAAAGAAAGGCAAGUGACCGAGUCAGACGCGCAGGAUCUGGUUUACCUCCAAGCCGUCAUCAAAGAAUCCUUCAGAUUGUAUCCUGCCGUGCCGUUGUUGCUGCCACAUGAAGCCAUGGAAGAGUGUACUGUAAACGGCUAUCAUAUCCCGGCAGGAACACGACUUAUCAUAAAUGCUUCAAAAGUUCAUAAAGACCCAUCCGUGUGGUUAAAUCCUCAGGAAUUUCAGCCAGAAAGAUUUCUUACAAGUCACAAGGAUGUUGACUUCAGGGGCCAAAAUUUCGAUCUGAUACCAUUUGGCAGUGGAAGAAGAAAAUGCCCUGGGAUCUUAUUUGCUCUUCAAGUUUUAAGCCUUACACUUGCUACUGUUCUACAUUCGUUUGAAAUUGAAACUUCAUCAGACAAUCCUAUUGAUAUGUGUGAGAGUGCUGGAACAACCAAUGCCAAAGCCUCUCCCUUGGAAGUUGUUCUUACCCCACGCCUUCCUGCUCACUUGUACUAGAUAUGAUAAAAUAACUUCAAAAUGUUUUAAUCUUCGUUUGAAAAAUGUUUCCCUUUCUUAAUAUAAGUCCAAUUAGUGAAAUAAUCAAUCUUGAUUCGAUAUAUGGAUUGGCAAAUUAUGUUG